AUGUCGAUGACUUGGGAAGCUAUUGCCACUCAAAAACUCAACGACCGUGCAAGUCGGUUGAGAUCAUAUGCAGAUUGGAGCUUAGAAGGUGCUGCUCCUUCUCCCUCGCAAAAAAGUAUUACCUCCUUGGUACAUGGGCGUCUAACGGAGAGGGAAAAAUCAUUCUUUGUAACUGACGUUACUGAUCUGGCGCAACGCCUGGCCUCUCGAGAAUGUACAGCAGUCGAAGUAAUCACCGCAUUCUGCAAGGCAACAUAUGUCGCACAAGAACUCACCAACUGUAUUACUGAAAUCAUGUUUGACCGAGCGUUCGCUCAGGCGCGUGAACUUGACGACCACAUAUCGAAGACAGGGAAAACGAUUGGGCCCUUCCACGGAGUACCGAUAAGUGUCAAGGACCGCAUAUCUGUCAAGGGUGAAGAUACCGCGUGUGGAUAUGUGGCUUGGGCUGGAAAGAAGAUAGCCCAAGAAGAUGCACCCAUUGUGCAAAUCCUACGUGCAGCAGGUGCACUUAUAUAUGUCAAAACAACCAAUCCUCAAUCAUUAUUUGUUUUCGAAACAUCGAGCAACAUCUAUGGUUAUACAACCAAUCCUUACAACCGUAGCCUAUCUUCCGGCGGUAGCAGCGGUGGUGAAGGGGCACUGAUUGGCGCUCGCGGUAGCUUGCUUGGAGUAGGCUCAGAUAUUCUUGGAUCUAUCAGGUUUGUUCAGGCCAAUCUUGCUCGCCUAACGAAUAUACUAAUAUAUCACACUGUGCCAGGGAUCCCUUCCCCCGGCUCCAUGGCAGGGUACAAGGGAAUGGAAAACCUGGUAGGAGUCGUAGGACCAAUGGCGCAUUCUGUUAGGGAUCUCGAAUUGUUCUGCCGAACAAUCCUUGAGUACGAGCCGUGGACCAUCGAUUUCAAAACGUUACAUAUGCCCUGGAACCACUCAGUCGCUCAAAGGAAAGAAGGCCGAAAAUUAGUUAUCGGCAUAUUUAUUGACGAUGGAGUCGUUGCUCCUCAUCCACCGAUUGUUGAGGCCUUGCACAGAGCUCGCAAUGCACUCGUUCAUGCAGGGCACGAGGUUAUCGACUGGGAACCAAUGGACCAUGAACAAGCAAUUGAAGUUGUAUCUAGGCUUUAUAUGCUCGAUGCUGGGAAUGAAAUUCGUUCAGUGUUGGACGAGUCCGGAGAGCCUCCGAUCCCGAGUGUCGCUCGGAUUUUAGUCGAGGCAGAAAAGCAUGGCGUAUCUACCCUCGCAGAAUCAUGGGAAAUGAAUUCAAAAAGGGAUAUUUUCCGAGCACGAGCACUGGCCUAUUGGAAUGAGACUGCGCUGCGAACCACGAGUAGGAGACCGGUCGACGCGGUUCUCUGUCCGGCGUCUGCUACCCUCGCUCCCCCUCAUUGGACGAUGCGAUGGUUUGGCUAUACGGCAUAUUGGAACCUCCUCGACUUUCCCGCCGCGGUUUUCCCUUUAAAAAAGCUGUUUGAUGCCAGCCAGUGGAAGCCAGAGAACCACACGGCUUACGCUAAUCCGCGAAACGCUAUAGAAGAGUUUGUCGCAAACCAAUGGGACCCAGAAACAUAUGAUAAUGCGCCAGUUGCCUUACAGCUAGUUGGUCGCCGAUGGCAGGAAGAGAAGUUGAUAGCUGAUCUACGAAUUGUGGAUGAAGUAGUGGCCCAGCAUGUUUCAUAA